CCGCCGCCGCCGCCGCCGCCGCCGGCGGGGAGAGCGGAGGGUCCGGGGCGGCGUUGAGCAGCCGUGCCCGCGGCCGGGCGUAGAUGCUGCCCGUCACCUGCCGGAGAGCGGAUCGGAUCCACGCCCCGCCGGUCCGCCCGGCGGAUGGGGCCGGCCGUGCACCCGGCGAGCUAGCGGCCGCCCGGCGCGGCUCACCCGGCGCGUUAGCCGCCGCCCGGCGCGGCGCGGGGCCCUGGAGCCCAGCGGGCAUCUGGCCAGCGGGGGACUGUGGCAGGAUGUGUGGACGACGAUGAUGAUGGCCCGGAAGCAGGACGCGCGCAGCCCGACCUACCACAUCAGCGUGGUGGGCCUGUCGGGGACGGAGAAGGAGAAGGGCCAGUGCGGGGUGGGCAAGUCGUGCCUGUGUAACCGGUUCGUGCGGCCCAGCGCCGACGAGUUCCACCUGGACCACACGUCGGUGCUGAGCACCAGCGACUUCGGGGGCCGGGUGGUGAACAACGACCACUUCCUGUACUGGGGGGAGGUGGGGCGGGCCCUGGAGGACUGCGGCGAAUGCAAGAUGCACGUGGUGGAGCAGACGGAGUUCAUCGACGACCAGACGUUCCAGCCGCACCGCAGCACGGCCCUGCAGCCCUACAUCAAGCGGGCGGCGGCCACCAAGCUGGCCUCGGCCGAGAAGCUCAUGUACUUCUGCACGGACCAGCUGGGGCUGGAGCAGGACUUUGAGCAGAAGCAGAUGCCGGAGGGCAAGCUGCUGGUGGACGGGUUCCUGCUGUGCGUGGACGUGAGCCGGGGCAUGAACCGCAACUUCGCCGAGCAGCUGCGCUUCGCCUCGGGCCUGCACGCCCAGCUGGCCAAGACGAAGAAGCCCGUGGUGCUGGUGCUGACCAAGUGCGACGAGGGGGUGGAGCGCUACAUCCGGGACGCCCACGCCUUCGCCCUGAGCAAGAAGAACCUGCAGGUGGUGGAGACGUCGGCCCGCUCCAACGUGAACGUGGACCUGGCCUUCAGCACGGUGGUGCAGCUGGCGGACCGGGGCCGCGGCAAGGCCAAGAUCGUGCCCUACUUCGAGGCCCUGAAGCAGCAGAGCCAGCAGAUCGCCGCGGCCAAGGACCGCUACGAGUGGCUGGUGAGCCGCCUGGUGAAGAGCCACCAGGACAGCUGGCCGGGGGCCAGCCGGCAGCUGCAGGCGGCCCCGGAGUUCCAGGACUACGUCUACCUGGAGGGCACGCCCAAGGCCAAGAAGCUGUUCGCCCAGCACACCCUGCGCCUGCGGCACGAGCACGUGGAGCGGCGGCGCCGGCUCUACCUGGCGGCCCUGCCCCUGGCUCUGGACGCCCUGCUGCCCGACCUGGACGAGAUCGACCACCUGAGCCGGGGCAAGGCGGAGCGGCUGCUGGAGAGCCGGCCCGACUUCCCGCGCUGGUUCGUCGUCCUGGAGGCCACGCCCUGGGACGCCACCAGCCACGUGGACCAGGCGGCCGACGACCGCAUCCCCUUCGACCUGCUGGGCACGGGGCCGGCCGAGCGGCUCUACGCCGCCCACGUGGACAAGCUGCGCGGCGAGCGCAAGCGGGCCGAGGCGCGCCGGGCCUUCCGGGCCCACCUGGAGGCCUCGCCCUUCGUCACGCCGGGCAAGCCCUGGGAGGAGGCGCGCAGCUUCGUGCUGAGCGAGGAGGACUUCUCGCCCUGGCUGGACGAGCCGGCCUGCCUGGAGCUGUACGGCAGGCACCAGAGGCGCCUGGCCGAGCGGGCCCGGGAGGACCUGCAGGAGCUGCUGCUCGAGUUCUCCGAGCUCUUCUACGAGCUGGGCCUGGACGCCCAGCCCAGCAAGGAGAAGAUGGCCGUCAUCCAGGAGGUGCUGGGCGACGAGCCUCGCUUCCAGGCCCUGCGCCAGCUGCAGCCCGAGCGGGACGCCCUGGUCCUCAAGCACGUCCACUUCGUCUACCACCCGACCCGGGAGACCUGCCCCGCCGGCCCGCUCUGCGUGGACGCCUGGGUCGAGCGGGCCCUGGGCCCCCGCCGGCCCGGGGCCUCCGACCCGCCGCCCGGCCGCGUCAACCUGGUGGUCCUGGGCCAGGACGGGCUGGCCCGCGAGCUGGCCAACGAGAUCCGGGCCCUGUGCACCGGCGACGACCAGUUCGUCGUCGAGGGCCAGGUCUACGAGCUGGCCCUGCGGCCCAUCGAGGGCAACGUCCGGCUGCCCGUCAACGCCUUCCGCACGCCCACCUUCCAGCCGCACGGCUGCCUGGCCCUCUACGACUCCAAGGAGGCGCUGGCCUACGUGGUGGAGAGCGUGGAGAAGAGCCGCGAGGCCACGCUGGGCCGGCGCGGACCCCGCCCGGCCCCGCUCCCGCUCACCCUCCUCCUGGUCAACCGGCGGGGCGGGGAGCCCGGCGGCGACAGCCUGGCCAGCCUGGUCCAGCAGGGCCAGCAGGCGGCCGCCCGCCUGCGCUGCGACCUGGCCGAACCCGCCGGGCGCGGCCUGAGCGAGCGGCACGUGGCCCAGCUGCUCAAGGGCCUGCUGGACGCCCGGCGGGCCCAGGACCCCGGCGCCGCCGGCGGCCCCUCUCCGGGCCCCGGGGACCUGGCCGACGCCGACCUGCGCGUCGUGGUCUGCCUCAUGUGCGGGGACCCGCUGGGCGCCGACGACCUGCUCCUGCCCAUCCUGCGGGCCCCCGGCGGGAGGCCCGCCCAGCGCGCGGGCCCCCACUCGGUCCUGCUCGAUCUGCCCCUCGGCCCCCACCCCAAGCGCCUGGAGCUCUGCGUCCUCUCCUACCACGCCGCCUUCGGCCUGCGCAAGACCCGCCUGGUCCACGGCUACAUGGUGGUCUUCUCGGCCCAGCGCCGGGCCUCGCUGGCCAUGCUGCGCGCCUUCCUCUGCGAGGUGCAGGACAUCGUCCCCGUGCAGCUGGUGGGCCUGGCGGGCGAGGCAGCCGACGGCCCGGCCGCCGAGCAGCUGGGCGAGGCCGAGGAGAUCGCCCAGGAGAUCGCCGGCCGCUUCGCCGGCCUGCUGCCCGCCACCCAGCCCCCGCCCCGCCUGGACCUCUUCCACCCCUUCUUCCAGGAUGUGCUGGACAAGAAGAACAUCGUCGAGGCCACGCAUAUGUACGACCACGCGGCCGAGGCCUGCUGCGGCCCCGCCGACGACCCGCCCCUCCGCUCCCCGCGCGCCGGCUCCCCGCUCCUCUGUAACUCGCACCCUCCCGACUCCGAGGAGGACGCCGAGCCCCCGCUUCCACCCCCGCCCCCCUCCUCCGGCAGCCCCUUCCGCGACGAGGCGGCGCCCGCCCUGCCCGCGGAACCCCCCAGGCUCCCGGCCGAGCCGGAGCCCGGCGACGGGCUGGCCUUCCUCGUCAGCGCCUUCGAGAGCCGGCUGAACGACCGGGGGCCCCCCAAGCCCAAGCCGCCGGCCGGCCCCUUCGAGGCGGCGCCCCCGGACCCGGGCCUCCGGGACGGACCCCGCAGGUCGCUGGCGGCCGGGCCCUGGCUGCCCCCCGACGGCUUCGACCCCUCCGACUACGCGGAGCCCCUGGACGCGGUGGUCCGGCCCCGCAGCGACGAGGAGAACAUCUACUCGGUGCCUCACGACAGCACCCAGGGCAAGAUCAUCACCGUGCGCAACAUCAACAAGGCCCAGGCCAACGGCGGUGGCAACGGCAGCGACAGCGAGCUGGACAGCGGCUCCCUGGAGCGGGGCCGCCCGGCCGCCGCCGCCGCCCGCAAGCCCGCCCUUUACCGGGCCCGCUGCGCCCGCCUGGGCCGCUUCGCCCGCUACCGCAGCAGCUUGAGCGUGGGCAGUGACGACGAGCUGGGGCCCGUCCGCAAGAAGGACGAUGACCAGGCCUCGCCGGCCUACAAGGGGGACAACGCCGUCGUCCCCUACGAGGCGGAUGAGGACCCCAGGCGGAGGAACAUUCUGCGCAGCCUGCGCCGGACCACCAAGAAACCAAAGCCCAAGCCCCGGCCGUCCAUCACCAAGACGAUGUGGGAGAGUAACUAUUUUGGGGUCCCCUUGGCCACGGUGGUCACUCCGGACAGGCCGAUCCCCAUCUUUAUCGAGCGCUGUAUUGAAUACAUUGAAGCGACAGGGCUGAGUACCGAAGGCAUCUAUCGUGUGAGUGGGAACAAGUCUGAGAUGGAGAGUCUUCAGAGGCAGUUCGAUCAAGAUCACAGCCUGGACCUGGCCGAGAAGGACUUCACCGUGAACACGGUGGCCGGGGCCAUGAAAAGCUUCUUCUCCGAGCUGCCCGACCCCCUGGUGCCUUACAGCAUGCAGAUCGACCUGGUGGAGGCUCACAAAAUCAACGACCGGGAGCAGAAGUUCCACGCGCUCAAAGAGGUGCUGAAGAAAUUUCCCAGGGAGAACCACGAGGUCUUCAAAUAUGUCAUCUCUCACUUGAACAAGGUCAGCCACAACCACAAGGUCAAUCUGAUGACGAGCGAAAACCUGUCCAUCUGCUUCUGGCCCACGCUGAUGCGUCCGGACUUCAGCACCAUGGACGCUCUGACGGCCACACGCACCUACCAGACAAUCAUCGAACUGUUCAUCCAGCAGUGCCCCUUCUUCUUCUACAGCCGGCCGCUCUCCGAGCCGGCCGGCGCCACGCCCAGCUCGCCCUCGGCGCCCGCCGCCGGCAUCCCCUUCCUCGCCCCCACCCCGCCGGGCAGUCAGCCGUCACCGCCUCAGUCUCCCCCGCCGACCCCCCAGUCCCCGGGGCAGCCCCCGCCGCUCCUGCAGCUUCAGGCCGAGCAGCCCCCACUGUGACCAGCGCGAGGCCAGUGCGUGCUCGGGCCGCUCCGGCCGUGACGUCCACAGGGGCCCGUCGGGACCGGGCAGGUCAGGGCGAGGGUCACGGGCCCCCGAUCGGGGGCCGUGCCGGGCCGCUGGGCCGCGGGAGGCCUCGCCCCGCGUGAGCCCGCACCGAAGCCACGCGACCGUUUCCCCAGACGCUGCCAGGCGUGGCCGCGCCGGCCGCUUGUACAGAACCGACUUUGGAACGCCGCUCCUGACCCGGGAGGGCGGUGGGGGUCCGGGCCCCGGCUAGGAAUCCCGGAGGCUGGAGCCGGUCCCCUACGGCCUGCGGGGGCAGGGGCCGGCGCUGCCGUUCUCUGUCUGGGCCGUUGCCGGGGGCCGCCGGCCCUGGGCGCGAGGAACACUGGAACGAACACAACAAGGAAAAGCACGAACGCAAACCUCACGUUCCGGCCCCGGUCUCGUUCCGGCAGCCGGGCCGGAGCAGCCGUGGGGCGAGAGGGAGGGGCACGGCCCGGGGACCCUAGGUGGCCGACUUUCGGCCCCUCCCCCGGCCGGCCCACGUCGGGCGCCCGGCGCUUAGCGGUAAGCGCUGAGAGCCGGACCCGGCGUUUAGGCCCCCCCGUGAAACACACUACAUAAGUGGUUACUGAAACACCCUUGUUAAGUUCUGUGUGUAUGUGCGUGCGUGUGCGUGCGUGCGUGCGUGUUGUGAGCGGUGGGUCCCCACCGGUGGACCGGCGGAUGGAUGGGCGGGUGGAGGCGGGAGGGAGCCCGCGCGCGGCCUAGGAUGCUGUCUCUGUGGUUUUUGGUGUGUUGGGGGUGGGGUGGGGGUGGGGGGUUGUUUGUGGAACAGUUUCUCAGUCUGUAACAGCUCACUGCAAACCGGGAUGGGGUUGGGUGGGGGAGGGUCGGGGGGGGGAAGAAUGGCAACCGGAGGGGAGGCCCUUGCCCAGUCUUGCUCCGGCCCACGGCCGGCUCCCCUGUUGCCAGGCGGCCGCAGCCACCACGGGAGGCCGGGCCUCCCUCGCCCAGGGUGUCCGUACCUUCGGCCCCUUGGGGCCGGGGCUGCUUCCCUCCCCUUCCCCCCCCCCCCCCGCCGGGAGGGCAGGGGAGAAGAGCGGGCAGGGGGACGGGGGUGGCGGCAGCUGCCCGGAUGUCGGCCGGUGGACCCUAAAACUGGGCGCCCACCGUCCCACCCAACGCCACGGCGGCGGGGCCGGCCCACGCCUGCGGCCCCCUCUCCCCGCGGGAGCCUUCUCCGGCCGGCGGCCCCCUGCCCGUGCGGCCGAGGCGGUUCUGUUAACUGGACGUUCUAAGGUACCACUGGGCCCUUUGGGUCUCUUCGCACUUUAAAACACAGCCCCUGCCUUUCAAUCAGUCGAUCGAUGGUAUCGAGAGUCGGAUUGUAUUUCUGGGCCGGGACCUUGUGAGUGACUACAGCGAGGUGGUUUAAGACAACAAGAAAAAUAACACUAACUCCUCCUCUUUGUCCGGGGCUCGCCAGCCCCCCUCCUCCUCCCGCGGGGGUCACGGCGGCCCUUAAGUCACGCGUGGGAGAUUCAUGUGGGUUUUGGGCCAGAUACCCUCACCUGCAGGAGGUGGGAGUGGGCUGAUGAUGAACUUCCCUAGGGCCUGAGCAGGGCGGGAACCGAGGCGGUCCCGGCCCCCUCCCCUUCUCUUCCUCUCCCUCCCCAGGGGUGGCAGCUUCCCUCUGCCUGGUCCUGGGAUGGAGCCGUGGGUCCUCGGUGCCUUUCUGGGCGGCUGGUGCCAGCUACCCCCUCUGCCCCCCAGCAUCGCUCUCCUUAUCCCUGUGGGGCUGAAGGGGGUGCUUGCCGUCCUGCCCCACCAGCUUCGGCCCCCAUCCGACCCCCCCCCCCCCCCCCCCCCCGGGGGGGAAGGCGAGUGAGAUCAGCCAGGGCUCUACCUCACCCUCUGCCACGUGUCUCCCCGAGGGGCCAGGAAAGACGGUGGGCCUGGCCCCUGGGGAUUGGGGGGUGGCCGUUUCAGAGUAGCCACUGUGCCAACCUGUCGCCUCCGGGGGCGGGGAAGGUGGCCCGCGCCCCCCCCCUUUUUUUGUUCCCCCAGGCACCUUCUGGUUCCAGCCUGGUUUGUGAGCUGGCGGGGCGAGCCUUCCGUAGAGCAGGGAUUUGGGGGCUUCCCAGACCUCGUGGUACAUUGCUGCCAGGCCGGGCCUCGGGCGGCCCCAUCGCUCCCCCCCUCCCCACGGCCCACACCCAACAGCUCAGCCACGCACACCGUCCCACCAUCUUCCAUUUUCCGGCAAGUAAAUUUCAACAAGGCAAAACUGAAAAACGCGAAACGAAAGAAAAGCGACAACCCGGGUGGGGGGGCGGCAGGGCGUCUCCGGUCUCGCGUGGGCCUGUCCUUGGAACCGAUUCGGGCCUGGCCUUUUUAUUCUUCGCGGAAAAGGGGUCCCAUCGCAGCCGCCGCCGCCUUCAAAAUGAUCACAUCUCCGCCUCAUCCCCCUUACCUAGCCUCCGGUCUUUAAUCGUCGCCGGCUUCUGCCUUCUGGUUGUUUCUGGUCUGACCGUGCCCCCCGCCCCCCCAAGCAGCUGUCAGUCCUUUCAUGUCCAGCCCUCGGCCGUGGGUACUGAGCUCAACCGCGGGAGGGGAGGGGGGAGGCCGCUGCCCGUGGAAUAGGUCUUAGUUUUUACUGUUAGGUUUUCAACAAACUCCCACUUUGGAGAACUCAAAUGCGGCAGCAAUGUUGUCUUCUCAAUGUAGUUCCAAGACAGGGCAUAAGUUAUUGUUUAAAUAAUAAAAAAAAAUCUUAAAAUCUCCCUGUGUACAUUUUAAAAAAUCCGUCUCUCAAAUCGUGUGGGAAUAAAAGUGGUUUGAAAAUUUGGA